CGGAGCGCGGCCGAGCUUCCGGGGGCGGCGGCGGCGGGAGCGGGGGCGGCGGCCUCCCUCUUGGCCUCGGCCUGGGCCUGGGCCUCGGGCCGCCCGCCGGCCGCUCUCUCCCGUCGGCUCCGCUGUGGCGCCCGAGGAGGUGGAUGCCAUGCUUCAUCAUCAGUCGUCUGGAAUCCCAUUUUGUCACCACACUGAUAAGAGUUCACUACAAUAAUUUCCUUCACUUCCAUAUAUUAUAACUUUGUUCAUUUUGUGAUACCUAUCCUUUGCUACCUGGAAGGCAUAGCAAAAACUUCUGCAUCCCUUUUCCAGAGGACUCAGAAUCUUCAGCCAGCCCUUUGUUUCCAGCUACUGUUCUCCUUGUGUUCCAGAGGCUCAACUCGACAAACAUCAUGGCUAUAGAAGGAGCCCGAGGCCCAGUUUGCCGUGGACAUCAGCGUGAGGAUCCCGAUGGCCCUGCUCUAGGUCAAGCGUUUGUCCCGAGGUUUCCCAAUGAGUGGAUCAUGAUGGCCGUAAUUUAGGGAUUUGCCAUAGUAUGGCUGCUUCUCGAUCUACUCGUGUCACCAGAUCAACAGUGGGGUUAAACGGCUUGGAUGAGACUUUUUGUGGUAGAACUUUAAGGAACCGUAGCAUCGCUCACCCUGAAGAAGGCUCUCCCCAUUGUCCAGUGCGUGCAAGAUCGCCAAAGAAGAGACCCGAGCUCGCGCAGACGCUGAAGGGCCACGGCGGUGGCCGAAGCGCUGACCCGCGGCAGCCAGGCGCGCGAGAGCUCUGGGUCAGCCCGAGGAAAAGGGGGCUCUCGUCCUCCGAAAGGGACAAUGCCGAGCGGCUGGCCCCGGACGGCUGCGAGAGGCGGCCGGCCGAAGCGGCGUCCCCCAUCCUAAAGCGCCUCAAGCGCUGUCUCCGCUCGGAGGCCCCCAGCAGCUCCGAGGAAGAGUCCCCCCCCAAAGCUGAGCAGGAGGGGUCUCCCGAGCGGGCUCACUCCGUGCUGGACCAUGGUGCCGAUGCCCCGGGGGCUAAGCGAGCUUGUCGAUGCCUUUUACUGGAUGAUUGUGAGAAAAGGGAAAUUAAAAAGGCCAACGCCCGCGGGGACGGGUCCCCGGAGGCCGCCGCUGCCCCAGAGGCGGCCGCCUACGAGGCUUUAAACGGGGUGGACGGCAGCGACGCGGCUCUUCCCCACUGUGAUGACUGUCGGCUUCUUGACGGGAGCCCCAGCCAGAGCCUUCCCGCCUCCUGUGUGCUGCAGGACCAGCCCGUGGCAGAAAAUGGGGAUCCCGGGGCCCGCCCCUCCCCCUGCCGGCCAGAGAGCAGGAGAGAGGAGGCCGCUGUAGACCAGAAUGUGCCUUGCCCAGAGUCGCCCGGGCAGGCCGAGCCGGAGGAGCCCAGCCUAGGAGCCGCCCGCCCGCGCCAGGAGCCGACCCCGCUUCCCCUCCCAGACAGCCAGCCGGCUCUAAGGGACUCUGAGGAAGAGGUGGACGUGGUGGGGGAGGGCGCCUCCAGGGAGCAGCUGGCGCCCGACAACCCCGACGGGGCUGCCCGGGCCGGCCGCGCCAGGGCUCCUGUCCCCGGGGAGCCCGCAGCCGCUCCUUCCCCGGACUGUGUCCCCGCCGCCCUGAGCUCUCUGUCCGAGCCCCAGGAGCACCGCUACACCCUGAGAACGUCCCCGCGCAGGGCCGCCCCCAGCAAAGGCAGCCCCACCAAAAACACCUCUCCGUGCAGAGAAAAUGGACAGAUGGACGAGGAGCGGCUCAGCCCCGCGGAAACGAGUGUCCCCCUUGGCGCCCCGCGCAGCGGCUCUCCCGCGGACUCUGAGGAGGCCGUCCUGACUGGCAAGGGGAUGAGCCGGGACCCGGGAUCGCCCCCCUCGGAGGCCAGGCUCCCUCCCGGCUACGGGGCCCCUGCCAAGGAGAGCGCAGCCCCGCGAGCGCCCGAGGACGACGAGGAGGAGCCGGACGUCUAUUACUUUGAGUCAGACCAUGUGGCUUUGAAACACAACAAAGACUAUCAGAGGCUGUUACAGACCAUCGCCGUGCUCGAGGCCCAGCGCACGCAAGCGGUCCAAGACCUCGAAAGUCUGGGCAGACACCAGAGAGAAGCCCUGAAAAAUCCCAUUGGAUUUGUGGAAAAACUCCAGAAGAAGACUGAUCUAGGGCUUCCAUUUCCACAGAGAGUUGUGCAGCUGCCAGAGGUCGCCUGGGACCAGUACACGCACAGCCUGGGCAACUUCGAGAGGGAGUUCCGGAACCGCCAGCGCCACAGCCGGAGGGUGAAGCUGGUCUUCGACAAAGUCGGUUUGCCCGCCCGGCCCAGAAGCCCCUCGGAGCCCCGGAAGGACGGGGAGGCCUUCUACUCCGUGCUGCCCUUCAGCGACGCUCCAGAGGGCUGCAGCAGCCGGCCCCAGAUGAUACGGGGGCGCCUGUGCGACGAGACCAAGCCGGAGACCUUUAACCAGCUCUGGACCGUGGAGGAGCAGAAGAAGCUCGAGCAGCUCCUCCUCAAGUACCCCCCCGAGGAGGUGGAGUCUCGGCGCUGGCAGAAGAUCGCCGACGAGCUGGGCAACCGCACGGCCAAGCAGGUGGCCAGCCGCGUGCAGAAGUACUUCAUCAAGCUGACCAAAGCCGGCAUCCCGGUCCCAGGCAGGACGCCCAACCUGUACAUGUACUCCAAAAAGUCUUCGACCAGCCGGCGGCAGCACCCCCUUAACAAGCAUCUCUUCAAGCCUUCCACUUUCAUGACCUCCCACGAGCCUCCCGUGUACAUGGACGAGGGCGACGACGGGGCCGCUUUCCACGGCCACUCGGACCCUGCGGCAGAGGAAGCCUCGGACGAAGAGAGCAUCCCUGUGUCCCACCGCGGCUUCCCCGAGUACAAGGAGCUGCUGGAGCUCAAGAAGCUCAAGAAGCAGAAGCUGCAGCAGAUGCAGGCCGAGAGCGGCUUCGUACAGCACGCCGGCUUCAAGUGCGAUAACUGCGGCAUGGAGCCCAUCCAGGGCAUCCGCUGGCACUGCCAGGAUUGCCCCCAAGACGUGUCCCUGGACUUCUGUGACUCUUGUUCCGACUGCCUCCACGAGACCGACCUCCACAAGGAGGACCACCAGCUGGAGCCCGUCUACCGAGCAGAGACUUUCCUAGACAGAGACUACUGCGUGCCGCAGGGCGCCAGCUACAGCUACUUGGACCCCAACUACUUCCCGGCCAACAGAUGACAUGGGGGGCCCCCUGGGCCGCGCGCCCCUUCCACACCCAGCCACAGACACUCCUGCCUUGACCGCCCCCGAGGGGUCCUUGCACCCGGGCGGUCAUCCCCGGCGGGGGGCCCCCCCGAGGGGAGCCCCUGGGACGGGCGUCGAGAAGAAAGGAGCCGGAGCGCUCGCGGGGCCUCCCGCCUCGGCCGCCCCCCGCACUGAAGCACUCCCGGAGGCCCCCAUGGCGGCGGCGGCGGCGGCGCCGCCUCCUGAACCAGCUCUCGUGUGUGAGUGUGAUCCAAUCGUCCCUCAGAUCUAUUUUUGAUGUCCUGUUCUCUGAGCUGAUCAUGUGAUGUGUACAAACCAUGGUGAAAAGUGCCAGUGCUAGUGCCGGUGUCCGUGUCCACUCCUGCCGGCCCCCGGCCGCGCCGCCCUUUUUGUAGUCGCCCCAGAGCCACGACAGAGUGUAUUUUUAUUACUAUUUAAACGCGUGAUUACCUUGUCUGGGUCGCGGGCCUCCUUUUCUAUUGCUGGACUGGGUCGUUCCUUCUUCUCUGUGUAGACGUCUUCUUCGCUGAUGUCCAUUUGUCCGAGAACCGUGAGGAAUAAACUCUGUGGAGCCUGUCUGUUUCUCUUA